CAAAUCUCAAAACAAAUCAAACUAACUUCACAACUUUCUCUUUUUGGCAAAACUCUUCACAACAAAAAAAAACACAAAAUGUCGUUGAUUCCAAGCUUCUUCGGUAACAACAGGCGAAACAGCUUCUUCGAUCCUUUCUCUCUCGACGUAUGGGACCCACUCAGAGAGUUCUCUUCCCUCUCCCGAGACAACUCAGCCAUCGUGAACGCACGCGUGGACUGGAGAGAAACCCCCGAGGCGCACGUGUUCAAGGCGGACUUGCCUGGACUCAAGAAGGAGGAAGUGAAGGUGGAGAUCGAGGAAGACAGCGUCCUGAAGAUAAGCGGAGAGAGACACGUGGAGAAGGAGGAUAAGAACGACACGUGGCACCGCGUUGAGAGAUCGAGCGGGCAGUUCACGAGGAAGUUUAGGCUUCCUGAGAAUGUGAAGAUGGAUCAGGUGAAGGCUGCGAUGGAGAAUGGUGUUUUGACCGUGACUGUGCCUAAGGCUGAGAGCAAGAAGCCUGAUGUUAAGUCUAUUCAGAUCUCUGGCUGAUCACUCAACCAUCCGAGCUUCCCUGGUUUGAGCUUUGGUUUAAAAAUGGUGUUGUUGUUGUGUCUAUGUGUUGUGUUCUGGUUCUGUUUAACUGCGUGAUGAUUAUUAUGUGUCGUAAUAAUUGUGUGUAAUAAGAAUCCAUAUAAAAAUAACGUAAGAUUUUAAUUUCCAC